AUGCCCGCGAUGCCUUCCGUCAAGCCAAAGAGUAAUCCCAAGAACACACUCAAGGGAACAUGGGAACGGAUCUACGUGCCCCCUCUGCCACGGUCAUCUCAUUCCAUUGAUAUCGUUGCCGGUACCGCUUACAUAUUCGGUGGAGAGAUAAAUCCUCGGCAGCCGGUCGACAAUGACAUGCACGUCGUCACACUGCCGUAUAACAGCGCAGGCGGAGACUACUAUGCUAUCAAGGCUCGGGCUUCUAGGCCGGGGCCGACCAUUAUCGAGCCGGAGCCUAUCCAGGAGGAGCCCGCAGCAGACUCUGGGGACAAGGGUAAGGGAAAAGAGCUUGACGACAUCCCCCUCACCUCACCACCUCCCUUCCCGCCUGGCGAAACGGAACCGGUGAUGGCAGCUGACACCUACCAAGAAGGUCCGGAAGCAAGCACCUCCAAGGGCAAAGAGCCGGCCGGCCCGGAUCGCUCAGCCCUCGGCGACGUCCCGGCCCCUCGCGUUGGCCAUGCCACUGCCGUGAUUGGCAGCCGCAUCUUUCUCUUCGGAGGGCGUGGGGGAUCGGACAUGAAAGCUCUUGACGAAGCGGGGCGAGUCUGGGUCUUUGAUACAAAGGAACGUGCCUGGUCGUAUCUUGAUCCUGUGGCUCCCGCUGCACCGACCUCCCCAUCUCCCGUCACGAAGCCAGCCUAUCCUGCCCCGCGCAGUUACCACUCCGCCGUUGCGACAGACAAACCAAGAGACUUUGAUAUCAAGCCGAUCAAGCGGACCGAAAGCUGGAAGGAGUGGGCUCAGGGCGACUCGGAAGUGAUGGGUACGCCGCAGCGGCCAAUUGUCGGCAAUGUGGCAAACCGUGUCCGGGACGAAGACGCAGACGGCUAUGGCACGUUCAUCAUCCACGGGGGAUGCUUCGCCGAGGGCCGUGCAAAUGAUACAUGGGCUUUUGACGUCCGCUCCCGCAUCUGGCAGGAGCUCCCUGCUGCCCCUGGAAAGCCGAGAGGCGGCACUGCCAUUGCUAUUGCUAAGACUCGGCUCUAUCGUUUCGGCGGAUUCAACGGCGAAAGUGAAGAAGGCGGCCAGCUGGACUAUCUUGAGCUUGCCGUCGACCGAUUCGCUGAUAUGAGCGGGCAGGGUGAGGUCUAUAUCACCGCCCGAAGCGGCUGGAAGAGCUUAUUGCCAGAAGCUCCCCCAUCCACAGAAAGCGAAGAGGCCGCUGCUCCCCUGAAUGGUGACGCCGAGUGGCCAGGACAUCGGUCUGUCGCUGGUCUGGAGAUGGUAAAUCUCGGAGGCGGCCGUGAGUAUCUGGUUCUUGCCCUCGGUGAGCGCGAACCCAGCGGCGGUGGACAUGAAGCGGCGGGUAAGUUCUGGGACGACAUCUGGGCAUUCCAGGUGCCGCUGCACCAUGACGGUUCGGCUGCGAGCGUCACGGAUACUGUUUGGAACGCCCUAGGAAAGAAAUCUGGUGAAGGCAAGUGGUUCAAAGUGGAGGCGGAAGCGUACGAUGAUGAAGAUGAUGGAUCGGUCGAUGGUCCGGGCCCUCGAGGUUGGAUAGCUACAGCCGCAAUGGGAGAAUUGGAGGAGCGAGGUAUUGUCAUCUGGGGUGGUCUUGGAGAGGGCAAUAACCGCCUCGGAGAUGGCUGGAUCUUCCGCCUUGGCCCUGAAAAGAGAGAGCCUUGA